AUCCAGUAGAUGGCUUAAUAAAAGAAUCAAUAUAAAAUUUUUAGUUUCAUAAUGACGUUAUUAUUUUAGAUAAAGUUUUGUUUAAUAUAACUAAAAAUAGAAAUAUUUCAAAAAUUUCGUGAAUUAAAUGUGAUUUAUCUAUUAUUAUGAAAAUAAUGUUGGAAAUGAAGUUAAAUACUCUUAUAUCAGUUACAAUAUAACCUAUUUGUUUUCGUUAAUCAUUAAAAAUUUGGAGGAAUACUCCUACGCUAUAUCCCAAAACGCUAAAAUAAAAGUGCAAAUAUGCCGGAACAGAGUAACGAUUAUAGGGUUGUUGUUUUCGGUGCCGGUGGGGUGGGCAAGAGUUCGUUGGUUUUAAGAUUUGUGAAGGGAACAUUUCGUGAGAGCUACAUUCCUACUAUUGAAGACACAUAUCGACAAGUUAUAAGUUGCAACAAGAAUAUAUGCACGCUCCAAAUAACAGAUACUACUGGCUCCCAUCAGUUUCCAGCCAUGCAGAGACUUUCAAUUAGUAAAGGGCAUGCAUUUAUACUUGUCUACUCAGUAUGCAGUCGUCAAAGUUUAGAAGAAUUGCGGCCCAUUUUUGAUGUAAUCAGGGAAUUGAAAGGACCUGAUUUGAGUCAAAUUCCAAUUAUGUUGACUGGUAAUAAAUGCGAUGAGAGUGCUGAAUUAAGAGAGGUGAGUACAUCUGAAGGACAAGCACAAGCAACCGAAUGGGGAGUCAGUUUUAUGGAGACUUCAGCCAAGACUAAUCAUAAUGUGAAACAGUUAUUCCAGGAACUCCUUAAUCUGGAAAAAUCUCGUAACGUCAGUCUCCAAAUAGGAGGCAAAACCAACAGCAGGGUUGCCAAAGAUAAGUGCGAUCUUAUGUAAAAGAUCUAACCAUAUUUUAAGAUGAUUUCUAUCAAGUCUUACCGAUGAUCUUUCAUUCUAUGAAUUAUUUCUUAGCAUUGCAAUACACUGUUUAAGGAAGAAGUUUUUUUAUUAGUCUACAGUCAUUGCUCGUGUAUUUAUUCCCAAAAAUAUACGAGCUGGUAACAGAUUUUUUAACAAGAUUUAGAUUUUGAUCUAUUUUUGAAAUGAUUUUUUCAAAAAUAAUGACCAUAUUUCUAUUACUAAUAAAUUUCAAUCGAUACAAAAAUUUUCAAAUAAUAGAAGCGAUCAUCAUCAAAAACAUCCUUAAAUUUGUUGAUUUGCAUAUUUCUCUCUAGAAUUUGUACAAGAAAAAACUGUCCUUGAACAAUGUUUCGCAAUCUAUAAGCAAUAAAUUGAUAAAUAUUAUUUGUUAAUUGUGGUUUUAGUUUUCGAAAAUUGAUACAGUACUAGCGAAAUACACUCUCACGUUUACCAAGGUAUCACUAAUCGUUUAAAAUAAAAUCUUUUUCAAUACCAUGUCAUAAAACAUCGAAAAAUAAUAAUUUAAACAUUUUGAUUAUUAUAUUCUCUUGUUUUCCAGAUGUUAUUCUAAAUAAUCUGUAAUUAAUACUAAACAUUGACUAUUGCUUUUACUUAUCACUUUCAAACUACUUUAUAGAUUUUUAAAAAAUGCAUGUUGUCUAUAAUACAUAGUUCAGUGGAUUUUUCAGGGAAAUUUAAGGCAAGCAAACUUGCAACUUUUUGUUCACAGUUGAAAGUGGAAAUGACCUGGUUAGUGACGAUAAACCAUCUUCCAGAAUCUUCUUUUCAGAUUAGAUAACAUCUUAUACUGAUAAGGCACAAUUUCAAUCAAAAAGUAUUUUAAUUGCUAGACAAAAGCGCCAUAUCUAAUAUUUUUUAGAGAAAUUUAAUUUAUUUUAUCAAAAUAAACCAAGAAAAGUUGUUUUUCCUUUCUGAAAACAACCAGUUUCUAACAGAAGAGUUUUUUUACAAAACGAUUUAUUGAUUUAGGUAAACGACUAAGUGCUUGUUGGCUUAUUAUUAUUUUUUAUCUUAUAAAAAAUGAAAAGUGCCCAUCCGCGGACAAUAUUAUUAGCUAAAGCACUGUGUAUAUCUUAUAAGUAUAUCGCCCUGUACAUAACCUAGAUACUAGUGAACUAGCUUGGUUAUGAUUGGUCGAGAUAAUCGAUUUUCUGUUUUCAAUUUAUCUCAUUAACUUUUAGAUCAUUUUUGUAUAUGUUACAUCAUCGGAAAAUAUUUUCAUCAAUUGCACGUCACCAAUACAUGUUAAACAUUUCAUAUCCCUUUAGUACAAUAUUUAAAUAGAAAGAAGCUUCUUUUCAAAUAAUUUUUUUAUCGGGAUCUAUAUCUGCUGAUUUUCAUAAUUUUUUUUAACACACUUUUUUGUAUCAGGCUGUAUGGAAUAUAUUUAAAUACCUUCUAAUUUACCUAUUGGGUUUUUUACAUUUGCUUAAUUUAAUGCUACAAUUAUAUUCAUUCAAUUUUCGUAAAUUUCAUUUUAAAUUAUUGAACUUAUCAAAGUUCUGAAUUUCAUUAAAAAUUUACAUUUAUAUAAUCAUUUUUCAUUCAACAUUUCGAUUAUAUUUAUUAUAAUUAUUUCAUGGAUUAGAGGUAAGGUUCUGCCUUCUAACAUCGAGAAAACAAAAAUAUAUGAUUUACUUCUAACUCUUAAAACAACAUAUUUUCAUAUAAUUUAAUGGUUUUUCAAUAUAUCAAUGGACAAAUUUUGAAAAAUAACACUUUACUUAAAUAUACACUGAAAGAUAUAAAAUGAAACCAAAACUUGUGUCUAGAUUUGGGGUAUCAUAUACACCACGACCCAUAGGAUCUAUAGGGUCCCUUUUUCUUGCUACGAUACUGGGGAAUCCAGUGCUUACAGCUGAUAAAUUAAUACCAGUCCUUUCAAAAAGUCUAGAAUGUGAGCUGGAUUCAAUUGCUAGAAAACUUCAAGCACUCCCAGGUGUAGUGCACACUUUGAGAAAAUGUUGAUAGCGGUUUCGUCCCGAUAGGACACUUGUUAAUAAUUGGAGACUCAGGUUGAUACAUUUUCUGGUUAUAAUUUUCCAGAAGAAUUUUUGCCAGUCUACACUCCAAGGGCCAAUUAAAAGAUGGGAAAUUCCAUGUAUUACUCUUCCAAAUAUGAAUAAUGAGAAAGUUAUAGAACAGAAAAAAAUUUUUUGUUAGAAAUAA